AUGGUCCAUUGGAUCUGCACAGCGAUACUCAGACCUAGGAUGCUUUACGCGUCUGUCGUAUGGUGGCCAAGGGUGCUAAGAAAAACCGCUAAGUCAACACUGGAGCACGUCAGAGCUCUAGUUUUAAGAGGGGCUCUGGGAGCCAUGCGGACCACGCCGGUAGCGGCAAUGGGGAUGUUGCUUGGCGUCGAUCGGGUGCUAUUGGCGGCCGCGGCGACGGCGGCCUACCGCUUAAGGUGUGAAUCAAGGUGGAAGACAGGAGCCUUUUACACGAAAUUUUCUGAGGGCAUCCUAUCAGGCACCAUUUUUGCAAUGGGACAGGAUAGGAGGCCGGUGAUUCGUACCUUCAAAAGAAGGUACAGGAUAAGCUUCCCCGGGCGCUGGGAGUGGAACGGCUCUAAGGGACCGAUCCCUCAGGACGGGGACGUUUGGUUCACGGACGGCUCCAGAACGAGUGCGGGCUCUGGAGCUGGUCUUUACUGUCAGCGCAACCGGGCAGGAAUCGUUAUCCCACUUGGCGAACACGCUACGAUUUUUCAAGCGGAGGUAUUAGCCAUCAUGAGAUGUGCCCAGAACUUAUUAGAGUCUGAUAGGGUGGGAAGGCGCAUUUGGAUUUGCUCGGACAGUCAGGCGGCGCUUAAGGCGCUUGAGGUCCAAGAAUUAACUCGCAACUAUUCUGGGAUUGCAAGUGCGCACUGGAUGAGUUGGCGAGGAAUAAUGAUGUUGGCCUAG